AAAUAUCAAUCCAUCAAUUAUGAUAGUAUUUGGACAAUGAAAAUAAAUUUGUUGUUUUACAUUUUUUAAAAAUUCAUAUGAUAUGUUUUUAUUUGAUGAAUUUCAUUGUUAUUCAUGUUAAAAGGUGGUGAGGGUCUUUACAAUUUAAGGAAAAUCUUUUCAGUGCUGAAUAAUGAAAAGACACAGAAGGGACAUCCCCAAGCCCAAACAAUUAAGGGACUGCUAUGUAUAAAAUUUGCAUGCAAUGUAUUUCAUUGUUUGAAAAAUAAAAUACAUGUUUUCAUUAAAUCUUUAUAACUACUGCAUUUUAAAACUCAUACAAGAUUUAAAUUUUACAAGUCUAUGAUAUUUGUCUCAUUUGUUUCAUUUGCCAUCAGGCUUAAAAAUGGCACUAAGUCUUGAUUCACUGCCCUUCUUCAAGAGAGGUGGAAUUAUGGAAAUUUUUAUACAUGUCUACCUCGACCUAAAGCUAAUCUUAAUUGUAUACAAAAAAUAUUAAACUAAAUGUGUCUGAUGUGUGGACAAUUGAAGUCUACUUUUCCAUAACUUUGUCUUAGCAUUUUAAUAUUUUAUUAUCUAAAAUUUUUUUUUUCUUGUUAAGAAACAGUAUGUUUGCACAGUUCCUACUGGCUAUUCAGUUCACAUGAGAAUUUUACAUGUAGUUGAUAGGGUUUAUUUUUAUUAUAAUUUUAUUAUAAUUUUCAUUGUAGGAAUAUUGGAUUGAAUGACGAAUAUGGAUAAUAUCAAUAUUGUUUUGCACUCUGGAAAUAAUGGCUCUACCAAUCAGUCUAACAGUUCUGCCUGUGUAGAUGGAAUCCAGUGGAUUUUCAGCAUAACUGGUGACUGUUGUGUCACAACCAGGGAACAAGUUUCAGCUUACCUUGGAUUAGCAUCCAUAUGUCUAUGGAGCUUUGUUGGCAUUCCUCAGUUGUGCAAAAAUAUGUGCCACCUUGCUGGAAUGGUUGGACUGAGCGUUCUCUUGAUAUUGCAGUGGGUAGGUGGUGACUUGACAAAUUUGAUUGGAUGCAUUUUGACCAAGCAAAAUAAGUUUCAGGUCUUUCUAGCUAUAUACUUUGUUGUACUGGAUGUGUUUUUAUUGCUUCAAUAUGUGUACUACAUAUGUUGGAGAAAGCAAAACAGAAAUAAAGGCAACAUUCCGCCCUCACCAAAACUUGCCAUGUGUUUAAUGGGUAUCUUUGUAAUGUCAACAACCUUAAUCCACAAUCACUUAGGUUCAACAAGCUCUUAUGAUGUAAAAGUAGAUUAUGAAAGUCAUUUGCAUCGCCAGACUCGCACAUUGCUGUCUUUACCAUCAGAUAAACCAGGAGGAAACUUAUUUUGGCAGGAUCCAAAGAACAUUAUUGGCUACUGCUUAGGUGUUGUUUCAGCUUUAUUCUAUUUGGGUUCAAGAGUAUCACAGAUAUAUUCAAAUGUAAGGGCACAGUCAACUGCUGGUCUUUCCUUUCUUACAUUUAUACUUGCAAUAUUGGGUAAUUUGACUUAUGGUGGUCAAAUAAUCAUUCUAGACUGGAGCAGGGACUACGUUGUGGAAAGGUUGCCAUGGCUACUUGGAAGUUUUGGGGUUGUCUUACUAGACUGUGGUAUACUUGUUCAAUUUACUCGUUACAAGCACAAUGUACUAAUGAUUACAGAGGAACAAGAAUCUCUUCUCACCAGAGAAUAUUUAAUCAAUGCAGAUGACACUGUAGACGAAUCAGAAAGAGUGGAGAAUACAAAUAGUAACUGAAGUGGAAAAAAAAAACUUGAAAUUGAGCUAUAUCAACAUGCUAAAACUCUUGAUACGCAAAUGUAAAGUGAAGGAUGUAUUAAUUAGAAAGUAUCAUAAUUUUAUUAUUAGUAUAUUUUAAAUUAUUAGAUAACAAAAAAAGGUAAUUACAAUGUAACAUUUUAGGAGUGACGAGAUCAAAUGAUUUGUUUAUUUUAAAUGAAACAAAUGUGUAAAUUUAGUCAAGUUUCUAUGCUUCAGGGCAUUUGCCAUGUUAUUCUUGCCAAUUAAUUGAACUAGUCACAUGAGUUUUUUUUAAAUUUCAGAUUCUAGAUUCAGAGUUGACUGUAUUGUGUCUAUAUAACUUUUUGUUCUUUUAUUAAAAUCUUAUUAAAUACUGGGUAAUGGUAUUAUACUACAGACAUGCAGAAUUGUUGUUGCGCCACUGACUUAAAUAAACAUUUUUACUUCUUUGAAAUCAUUUAUUUAUCUGUUCUUUCAUCAAGAUCAAAUAAAUCCUUUAGUCAGUAAAAUAGCUAUUUAAGGAAGAAGUUGUUUUUUUUUUUUUAAAGAAUUGAAUGUAUUUACAUCUUUGAAAUGACAAUGUAUACUUUACAUGCAUUGCAUUUUAUUGGAUUCCUUUUAUGUCAAUGAUUCUCUAAAUGUUUUUUCAUUGGAGAGUUUGUAUUUUGAGUCAUUUAUUUUACUAUAUCAUUUGAUAGUAUUUAUUGCUGUUUUUGUUUUCAAAUUCAUGAACAAAACUAUUACUAUAAGAUCUUGUCAGAAGAUAAGCAGGAUUGCUUUACAUGGCUCUGCAGAUCCAAGUGUUGACUUCACAUUUGACAUAGAUCAGGCAGUUUUCUGUUGGGGCUUUAGGAGGAUGAUUUAAGCUGUCUUUGUCUUGAUUGCUUGUCUUUAGCAAGAGCUUUUUAUGUGGGACUAAAAUGUAUAUGCUACAUCUUUGUAAGAGUUUUCCAGCUGUCUCUUAAAGCCGGUUGUUAUUACUGCUACUUCUUUUCCACUGCUAUAAUGGCAUUUACUGAUCAAAAAAGUUUUCAAUGUUAAUUCUGUGUUUAGAUUGACAUAAACACUGCUCUUAAGUUUUCCUGUGCCAGGAAGGUCAUGAUCAUGCUGUCAAUAUUUUUGUGUGUGUACAUAUUUUAUUAGAACAUCAAAAGACAACAAAUUAUACAAUAUAUAUAUUUAUAAUUCUUUUGUUUACUUGUUAUGUGAUAUUAUUCAGACACAUUUUGGGGAUGGAUUUUUUAUAGUAUAGUUUCUUUAUAUAUAUAUAUAUUUUUAAAUAUCACUUUUAUUACUGUGUAAUGGGACGAAAGAGUUAUAGCAUCUUUUUCUUAUUAUAAUCAUUGUCUUCACAGCGGAAAAGAAUUGAUUAUAUGCCAUUGUUCUUUUUUUUAAGCAAUGGUUUAAUAAACAAAGAAAUCAAAAGAUUUAUAUUAUUACAUGAUUUCAAUAAUGUAUACAUCUUAUGUCUAGAAUAAGCUUUGUAUUUCUAAUAGCAAUAUUUUUUGAAGUUCUUUUUCUUCUUUUGAUUGUUAGCCAGCAUUUUUGGAAGCUGAUGUAUUAUUUAAAAUUGAAUAUCUUAAAUAAUUCUGAUAUCAUUCAGAGACCAAAUAAAAAAACCAUGACAAUAUUUUGAAGUGAAUAUUAUUGCUCUUUAUGCCCAUUGACAAACUUUCAAUUCGUAGAUGUAUUUUUAGUAUUAUGGAAAUAGCCAUAGAGUAUUUUGUCUUUGAUUUGUCGAGGUCACUCUCAUCUUGUUUGGCAUCAGCUAAGGAAAGUGAUGACCACAUUCAUUAAGGGGGAUUAAAAUAUAUCUGAAAUGUUGGCUACUCCUUCUGCCCUCUGGAUCAUUAGGUCUUUAAUGGUUUAAAACAGAAUUUAAAAAAUUACUUAGAAAUGUUCCAGCUAUUUAUUUGUAUUUUAUUCUAUAUCAAUGGUCAAUGCAUGGCUUAAACAAAAGAAUUGGUAUCCUUUUGAAUCAAUACUCAACUGUCUCUAUUUGCAAAAGAAUCUAGUCAAAAUUAUAUUCAUGUUCCAGUAAAGAACAAAAAACUACCAUGUGGUCAUCUUGGAAGUUAAUUUACUCACUAUAAAUACUGCAGUGUUGUUGUUUUUUUUUAAAUUGAGAGUUUAGACAGGCUUAAGAAUAAAUUACAGUGAAUUGUUGUAGCAAUACAAAAAAUCUUUUAGAUUGUUUAAAAAAAAUCAAAUUAGAUGAAGUACUAUAUAUUGACAAAAUAGUUUGAUUUUGCUACUGUCAAUUGUUUUUUGAUGGAGAAAUACCUUGUUUAUCACCUUUACCUUGUUAAUCACCUUUAGAGUAAAACUUUCCUUUACCCAUCUUCACUGAUGUUCAGGCUUUCUACUAGAUCUAGUAUUUAGUAUGCAUAUUUAUUCUGGAUUUUUGCAUUUUAAAAUAAACAUUUUAAAAAUAUAUUUUUGUUUUUAUGGUGUGGUCAUUUCCAUUUUUUUCCUGCUCUUUAAAAAAAAAAAAAAA